AUCCGGAAGAAUAGACCAGUGUGGGAAACACGAAAUGCCGAAGGGUGUUGCAUCGAAACAAGAGGACCUCUAAUUAUAGAUCGGGAUGCGUGUGUGGUUCAUUGGCAUGGCGGCGUGAUGGAAAAACCGGCUGAUUUGUUGAUGUUUGUAUGUAUGUAGGUGUUGAUACCGCGUGCGAAAACUCGGCAGGAUGAUUAAAAUAUCAGCUCUCAAUGAGGAAUCGACCGAGGAAAGCGAAGAGGAAGAUGUGCCUACGAUUACGAAGGAGGCGCAGGAACAAAUAGCAUUGACUGAAUACAAUAAAGCCUUAGAAUUGACGAAGGAGAAUAAGCAAGAAGAAGCACUAGUUAUUUUUAAGGAUCUCUUAGAAACUGAACUGUUGGACGAAGUGGAAAAGCCUCAGGUGCCAGAUGGCAGAUCAAGACCGAUGUUAUCCCUGAAAUAUUCCUGUUUCAAGAACAUCGGCGCUAUUCAGGCAGCGUCUGGCAAUUACGAAGAUGCAAUAGAUAAUUACUGGGAGGCUGCAAAUCUGGAUGAGUCCGAUGUAACCUUAUGGUAUAGGAUUGGCACAUUAGCCAUGAAAAUUUCUAACUUAGAAUUAGCUUGCUCGUCUUUUAAGCAAGGUCUGAAGUGCAAUUCCAAUCACUGGCCAUGUUUGGACAACUUAAUAACUGCCUUAUACGCCGUUCCUGAUUAUAUGAACUGUCUGUUAUAUAUUUCUAUAGCAUUGGAAAAGGAUCCUACCUAUGUAAAGGGUCUGGCUUUUCGCGAUAAAAUAUUUAAAGACAUUCCGUAUAUGAAAGAAUGUUAUAAGUGGUACAAUAGUGAUUGGGAAUUAGAUCCGCCAUUGUAUACUGAAUAUGAUCACAUGUUGGGUGAAAAAUUAUUAGCAGAGGCGAACGUAGUUUCUCAAAAAUGGGCGGAAGCUUGUAAAGAAGAGUUUACACCAAAACCGUUGCCUAUUUUGACUUUAAGAAUGCCUUUGACAACUUAUACGUGGUUGGCUCUCGGAGAAAGUCUAGUGGACAUGCACAUGUAUAUCACUGAAAACAAUUUCAACUUUGUUAGUAGAAUUAUAUUGUUGGUUGAAAAUCCAACUGACAAGAAUACAGCAGCGAAUAACGAGUGUGAGAUUGAAGAGAGUAAUGGUAUGGAAAUAGAUCAGCAGGAUGAUUUCAUUCCGAAUGAUGAAAGUGACAUCAAACCUGUUAAAAUCGAGACGGAAGAUUGCGAAAUGUCAGAUGACAAUCAGGUCUUCAACACGGCUUCGGACACGGCGAUGGAGGCUGAAACUGAAGAUGAUAAAAAGUCUUCUUGCUCAACUGAUGUGCAAAUAAUCGAGGAUGACGAUCAGUUAAGAAUGUCUGACACGGAUGGUUUGCAAUGUGAAGAACAAAGUGAGACGAAGAAUAUAGAUUUGGACGAACAUAUGCACUCUGUUGAAGUUGACGCAAAUACCGACAAAUUGGAAAGUGAUAAAGUUACCGAUGAUGUCUAUAGCACGGAUAACGGAGCUCCUAAUGAAAAAUCCAGCGACAAGGAAAGCGACAAAUCAAGCGAUAAAGUUUCCGAGAAAGACACCGAAAAGUUAAAUGAAGCAACAAACAAAACGGAUGAUAAAACUCAUUCUGAAAAAGUGGAACGAAAAGAGGAAGGACAAAAGGUGAAGAAGAGGCGCAGAAGCGCGUUGUGUUUUUUGCAACAGUGGGCCUGGAGUUGCAGCAGCAUGAGACGCUCCGCGAGGGUUAGAGGUUCAAACAGAAGAGAAGCGGAAAGGGACGAUGUCCUGUUGGAGGAAACACUUCGAAGAUUGUUUCCCAGUACUUUGCUACCUGAUACAGUAAGAUUGACUAAAGACGACGUUGCUAAGAAUCUCGAAGACUCUAUGGACACUAUGGAUAUGUAUCAGUUAUUUUCGAAACAAGAGAAUAAAAGUAAUAACACGGAAACCCUCAAAAGCUCGGAAAGUUCGAAAUCACCAAGUCCGGAUGCUAGUCGGACGCAGAAGUACUUUGGGACAGAGGCAGAAACUGCUGACGUGAACGCAUUUAUAGAUGAGUACAGUAGUAAAAGUAAUCUAAUGAUAAUCAUCAAAAAAUUUACGGAAUUUUUAUGUACCAAGUGGAACCAAGAAUGGCCAAAAGGAAUGUCAGAAGUUUAUUUGCAAGCGUAUAUUUUCAUGAGACAACAUAUUCCGCAUUUGUCGCCAUUUAGUGAAGACGAUAGUCUCGAAGAUCUGAAGUUAGAUACUGAAAUGACACUGUUAUUCGGCGAGCUGCAUACAGACAGAUGGCUGGAUACUAAACCGGACGCUUUGGCAAAUUCAACCAGAUUAGAUAAACUUGGCACUGGCUUGCCUGCGGAAGAAUUGGGACAUAUAAUAUUCACAAGCGUUCGGCAGGAUCUUGUAAACGAGGAACAUUUGAAUAUUUUACUGAGAAUUUUAUGGCUUAAAGCUAAUAUCUUCUUAUGCCAAGGUGAUAUAGACGUAGUUAUUGAAACGCUAGAAUUGUUAUUGAGUCGCCUGCGAGAAAUGGAAAGUCAGAGUUUGAAUCCAUCUAUCACUCUUCCGAACUGUAAAAACAACUCUCAUAUCAAUGUCAGACUUGUACAGAGGAAGCUAACAUCAAUUCAAAGAGGUCAGAAGUUGGGUGAGAUUCAACGUUUGUAUGACGAGAAAAAAUAUGCUGAACUAUCUUAUAUACUGCAGGACACUUUCAAAUUUGCCAAACAAAGACACAAAUUGUUGAUAAACAAUGAAAACAUCAUUGACAGAGUUAGACAGUUGACCAUAUUACUCGACAGUCUGUGGCAACUUCAGCAAUAUGAGGAAUGUUACGUCUGGGCUGAAGCAUGUCUCAAUGAGUCAUGGCAAAAUUACUUGAAUUCUUCCGAUGAAGCCGAACAGAAGAAAUGGACGAAUUCCGUUGUAAUGGCACUCGAAAAAUUAGAGGCCUGUACGAUCGAAGUUAGUGUGUUCGUCGUGAAAUACUUGCCGGAACCUCGUUUGUCAAGAUUGGUGCAGAAUUUAGUGCACAUCGUUUGCCAUCAAUUGGACAUACCGGAAAGUACGUCAUAUGUGGAGAUGCCGUUGGAAACCGUUCUGCCUUGGAUUUUGUUACACUACAUUCUGGAGUACGAGGAAGACAAAGAAAGGGCAAAGACUGAGUCGUAUAAAAACAAAUCGCACAGCUCUCAUCAGUCCGAGUCGGAUGAUGAGGAUGACGUAAUUCCGCCGUCCAUUAUGAUUUUGUUCACCGCUCAUGACUUUCUCGGCAGACACUCGUGGUGUUGCUUCAACGAGGCCAAACUUCUGUUUUUCACUAUGAAUCUUAUCAUACCGCAGCUGGAGACUCCUCAAUACGCUUCCAUCAAGAAUCGACUCACGAAAUAUUUGGAACAGAUAUUCUUUUGUCUCUACGGCCAUCCGAACAGAAUGAACAAAGCACGGCAACCGAAACAUCUUAUAGAACACGGAGUACCCCAGAUGGAAUUAACGUGGGAGGGAGCGCAGUUGCUGUUCGAUUUUUACAAACCGAAACAGCUGCCCAGCUUCCAGUGUCCCAGAAUACUCUCUAUCAGCAUGGACACAGAGAUGCUGUUCAAGAGAAUAAUCAAGUUGGUUCCGCAAGAGAGCGACCCAAGUCAAAUAGUGGACGAUAUGACAGCGUACAUAAUCGGCACGAGGGAAAAGAUGCCCAGUGUGGCAAAACCCUUACCGCACGCGAUAUCCACCAUUUAUUAUUUGCUGGGUGAUUUUUAUUUUAAGAACAGUAAAUGGGAACACGCGUGCCGAUAUUACCUCUUGGAUCUGUGUCUCUAUCCAAGAGGAAUAAAUUCGUGGGCGGGUUUGGCCAUGGCAACAGGCAGCAUAAUUGAAAAUUGGUUGAACAAUUACAGACCUGUAGGAAAGGACAAGUUCCUAAAUAAAGCAAAAAUAGCACAGUCGAGUUAUCAACACGCCAUCGAGCUGGCGCCUGGACAUUCAGUGAUUUGGACGGAGUACGGAAAUUUCGUUUAUAUGGUGCAUUCGUUUUGUUCGCGACUGCUCAAACAGGAAACCGAUACGUUGAGCAUGGAGAGAUUCGAAAUUUUGGAAACCAGGAAAGAAGAGAUGCUAAAAAUCGCGGAUCAGUGCUUCGAGUCUGCCAAUCGAAUAUGUCAAACUAUCGAGGAACCGUCGGUACAGCACGAUGAGAGAUGGCUUUAUCAAUAUAUGCUUGGUAAAGUUGCGGAGAAGAAGAAUCAAGAUCCUUUCGUGUUCUUAGAACAUUACGCAAAGGCUAGUGAAUUGCUUUAUGAGAAUAACGCUCAAUAUCCACGUAGAAUAAGCCAUAAGAGUCCCCAGAAUUUGUCUAUAGAAGCGCUAGAGGUUCAUUAUCGUAUUCACGCUAGUAUACUGAAGUAUUUGGAGCAACACGAGGGAAAACCCCUGAAGAAAUCGUUAGGUCAGUUGUUUCACUGGCAUCUCAAAAAUUGUUCCGAGGGUCCCUUUAUGAAAUAUCAGUCCAAACUUAACGAGAAGAAGAAGGAAGAAAACGCCGAAGCUGAGAGGAGUGUCUCGAAGGAAUUCGACGUCGCAGCGGAUGCGGAUAAAGGCGCAGCCGCGGUGUGUCAACAACGCUCAAGUAGUAUUGAAGAAAUAGAAAUUGUAGAUAGAUCGAACAAAAUCUCUGAUAUUAAAUCCACCGAGACAGCGAAACAGUUCGAGAGUCGUAAAAGACUUCCCGAUGAACAGUUGCACGACAAUACGAAGAGAAUAAAAUUAAGUAAUAUUUCCCACUUACAACUGAUGCAAGAUGUUGUAGCCUUAAUAGACGAUUUAAUUUCGAAAGUUUGUGAUAUGGUAACGCAAAAGGAAAAAGUAAGCGACGAAGUGAUGAUCGUGGUAUCCAGUGACGAAAGCAACGAAGCGAGAUUGCAGAAGAAGAAACUAGAGAGCAAAAGCUCCGAAAAACCGAGGUCGCAGACAAAAUCAGAUGAGAAUAAGAAAAGUUCGAUAAAUAUAUUGGCAAUCGAUGCCGAACGUAAGACUGACAAUGUACAAGAUUUAAUGGACGCUCUCAUGAAACAAGCGAUGGAAAACAGUCAGGAGACUCAGCAGUCUUCGGCGGAUGACGAAGAAUCAAGAAAAUCCGAAGGCAAAUGGUUACAGAACGAAGACUUGCAACCAACCGAGAAAGAUAAAGAGAAAAUGGAUGAGAAGAGAAAAUUGCAAGCUAACGCGAAUGAAGAAGUAACUUUAAGUAGAAGGGGUUCUCAGGAAAGCACCACGACUCAAACUACAACUACGACUACGGAAACAAAUAAUUCUAGUUCUAGUAGUAGCGAAGAAUCUAGCAGUAGCGACGAUAGUUCCGACAGUGAUAGUUCCAGCGACAGUGACAGCGAAUCUGUCGAAAGCGAUGCGGAGAAAAAGAAAAAAGAUUCUGAUAACAUGGAAAACGAAGAACAGAUGCCGGAAGACGAAGUGGCGACAUUGAUCGCGUAUUGCUUGGCUGGUUUGGAACAGUGUGUAUUAAGAUUCACGGAACAUCACAAAUCUUUUUACAGACUCUCGCACUUUUUCUUUAACAACAAAAAGGCAAAGGACACUACGAAAUGCAAGGAUCUCUUAUUGGGAACGUACAACUGUCAAUUCUAUCCUGGGCAAACUUUUCAAGGACUUUUCGCCGAAAGAAGAAGUACUAAUUUUUUCAACGGAGUAUGGCAUAUACCUGUUAAUGAGAUUGACAGGCCUGGAAGUUUUGCCUCGCAUAUGUCGAAAUGUGUGACAUUGCUGAUGCAAGUGUUAAAGGAAAGCAAUGACAGCCGUAUGUUAAUGCAGUUAUGCAUGCAGUUGGGAAAAAUUCCGGAUUCGGACAAAAAAUACUUACGUGAUUCUGAGAGAGAACAGUUAUCUCGGCAAGCUCUAACACUUUGUCAACAAUCGCUUAGAAGUAGAGUGCAAACGAUGGGUUCGGCAAGCAGUAUUGAGAGCGUUCAUCUCAUUAGAACGGAUGCCAGAACGCAAGUACUGCUUGAUGUAUACGAAAUAUAUCAACUUGUUCAAAAGCACUUUCAGGGGAAAGAAUCAACUAUACAAACAUUCGCAACAUUGUUGAUAGACACUUACAAAAUGUAUAUAGGAAGCAAAAAUUUGGAAGGAAAUGCUUUGGAGAUUGCUAUUAAAUGUUGUCAACGCCAGAUACAGGCGAACAAAAUCGCGUCGAUUAACAGCAGCAACAACAGCUCUCACAUGCAGUCUCAGCCUGCAUCUGUUAUUUCGCAGGCACCUGCGCCGCAAGCGCCGGUGAAUUCGACAACCUCGCAAGUUUUGCAAAAUCGCAAACCGCAUAAUCGAAAUCUAACAUCCACUGGACGUCCACGGGGUCGACCGCCCAACAUGAACAAAUAUCUGCAGCAAGCCAUGCAGAAUAGCAAUAUGAUGAAUCAAUUUUCCAAAAAUAGCUUUGCAAAUUAUUUAGGCGCGUCCGGACCGAAUCGUUCCCUGAUGAAUCCUUAUUUUAUGAAUCCGUUGGUCGAUCCAAAUAUGUUAUCAGCUUUUCUGGCCAGUGGAUUGGGGGGCAAUAUGAUGGAUCCUCUGUCAGCAAUGAGCUAUUUGAAUCAAGUAGGGAGCUACCAAGACGUGUUUCGGCAGUAUCAAAGCAAUUUGUCGUCGUUGACCAAUCUCGCCAGCGGUUUAAACAACCCUGGCACCACGUUAACCGGUAUCAGCAAUGUCUCAACAAUAAGCACGUCUACUUCCAAUAUCAAUACUUCAAGUAAUAUCGGUAACUUGAGUAACAUAAAGGGAUCUUUGGAUUCUCUGGCUAUGCAGCAGUUAUUAAGCAAUACUACAGCAUCAACAUCAUCACGACCGACGCCUGUGUAUCCUCAAACGGCCAAAAUCAGCACAUCCAUAUCGUUGACGAAAGAUCGACCCAGCAUCUCGAUAACACCGGUGAGCGCGUCGAUGAGUAGCCAACAGCAGUCUCAUCACAAGCCGAAGCCCAGCAAACAGCCGAGCUCGUCGCAAACCGAUUCGGCGGCAUUACCCGUUCACAUUCCCAAAUCGCUUCAGAUAUCACCCACGAAAUCAGUAUUGCAUCCGCCGAGCACGGCGGCGCAAGUGUCACUGCUCAAGCCGUCUGUUAUUCAGCAAGUGAAGAGCAGUCCUCCGAAACAGAUGGGCGUUCCGCAAAUACGUGUUUCGAAGUCGCUUACCGAACCGCAACCUGCGCACAAUUCCUCGCUGUCGUAUUCUCCUUUGAAGAGUAACAGUAAUACUGUAACGACAAAUCCUACCAUACCGCAGGUUGCUCAUACGUCCAUGGGCACGUCAGUGAUCAUGAAACAGCAGCAGACGUUGCCCAUGAACCUGCCCAACGUGUCGCGUACUGGUACGUCGUUGCAGCAUAAGUUAUUAUCAAAAAAGAAUUUGCAGCGACCAUAUUCAGCGCAGACAAGUAUGCAGAAUCAUCCUGUGAGAAAAGUAAAAUCAACGAUGAAGACGACAGGAUUGAUGCCCGCACCGAUAACCAGUAGUUUUCCAAAUCUAUUGAAUACAAUAUCAUCCGGAAAUUCCGCAACGAUGUCGCAAUCGCCUUUUAUACCGCCUGAACUGAGCGGCAUCUCGGUAAGUCCCGUUACAGGUCCGCAGCAGUCCAGCAGCAUCAAGGCCGCAAGCGCCAAAUAUCACGGCUACAAGAAAACCACGAGCAAGCCGAAACCGGCCGCGCCAGCGACGAUCGAUGUGCCACCGAGCUCGUUGCCGGCUUCGUUUUCCCAGAACAGCUCGGUAGAAGCGUUCUCAAUGCUGUCGCAAUUGCAGCAGCACUCGCAUUUGGAGAUAAUACCGCAGCAAAAGACGGUGAAAGGCAACAUAGAUUAUUCCAAGAAUCUCCCAUCCUCUAUUAUGCAGAAAAUCCCAGAUAACUUGAGGCCGCCUACGUCCGCGGAAUGUUUGCCUAUGUACGAUGUAUCGAGAGGAAAACCUGCUAACGUUUCGAGCAAGAAGCCACAAGAUAAAGUUGUCAACGACAGUGUUGAGAUUAUAACAUUGGACGAUUAAAACUCGUAACGAAUAUUUAUGUAUUCUUUUUUUUGUUUAUGAAAGUAAAAAAGAGUUAUACGUUAUUAUUAUCAAUGUUUUACUUUGGAAUAAUGAAUUACACAGAAAAUUUAUAACGCUUGUUAUUAGAUUAUAUAAAAAUUUAAGUCUUUUUUUCUUUUUAUUUAUUUAUAGCUACCUACACACUAAGCGAAAGAGAAAUACAGACGUGGAACUUUGAAUUUAAAUUAUACAUCCAUUACGAUAAAUGCAUUUCUAUUUAUAAAAACUAGCUUUAAAAAAAAUGCAUAUCAAUUGCGCUAGAAUACAAAAAACUUCGAUAUUUUGAUUUUGCUAAUUUAACCUUAGAUACAUAUGCACUGUGAUGUGUGAGAUUUCAGCAAUCACAGUAAAGUGACGUUUUUUUUUUAGAUUGAAAAGAAAUUCAUAUUUUUUAGCGUAUUAUUUUUGGUACUUAUCACGAUUUUAAACUAAUUCUGAGUGUAUAUUGUUUACUUCGUUUAUGAUAUCGUUAUAAAAACUUAAUCACACGUAAUUUUCUCGAGCAAAAUCAUGAAAAGCAAACUGGUUGACGUAUUCUAGAGUGUGGUAUCUACGUAUAUAAAAAAUAAAUGUGCAUACACCUAAGGUUAAAUGUAAUUAUUAGAAAUAAUUAUAUUUA